AUGGAGGUCAACAAUGAGGAUGACGAGGACGAGGUAUCCGAUGAAUCAGAUGAUGUUAUGUAUCACAAUAUCACAAAGCAUCUGGAUGAAAACAGCGAACAUGAAGAUUACGACCUUCCCAGUCAUCAGCGAUGCGCUUGCCACACAUUGCAGCUCAUAGCAACAGGUGAUGCAGACCAAGCUGAAGAAAAUGCCACGUAUAAGAAAUUUUCUCGUUCAGCCUUCGCAAAGUGCCAGGCACUUUGGAAUUUAUCGUCACGAUCAGUGCUUGCAGCUGAGGCUGUCCAAUCGAAGUGUGGCAUAGCAUUGAUCAAACCAAAUAAAACGCGGUGGAAUUCGGUUUACCGGGCAGUUGAACGACUGGUUCGAAUCAUUAAGGAAAAAGGAGAAGAAUCUCUUCAGUCACUGUGUAAUGAGUUGAAACUACCAAGGUAAUAGUUUGAUUGCUGCUUUUGAAUUUUGGAUAAGCAGUCAUGUACAUUUAGGUUAGUACAGUUCAGGUGUAGUAAUAAUAAAGAUAAAUUUUUGAACAAUUGUUUUCAACAUUUCAGAUUCAAAGCUGGUGAAAUUCGCUUUCUUCAAGAGUAUUACAAGUCCAUGCAGCCUUUUGCCCAGGCAUUGGACAUCCUGCAAGCUGAAGACAAUGCUUACAUGGGUUACCUCCUUCCCGUACUGUACAUGCUGCAAGACAAGCUAAAAAAGAAACGAGAUGAAAUGGAUACUUGCGCUCCUCUAAUUGAUGCAUUGCAAGCCGGAAUUACUCGUCGCUUUUCAGCGGUAAUGCAGGAACCAGAAAUGGUCGCUGCUGCUAUUCUCCAUCCUAAAUUCCGAAAAACGUGGACAAACGACACAACUGUUUUGGAGAAAGGUAAUUAACAUUUUUAUUGCAUACAAAUCUUCCUCGGAAAUGAGACCGUAAAUUUCCUUGUCUAUUUUAAUUUUAGGCAUGGUGUACAUAAAGAGGAAAUUAACCGAAAUAGAAUCUACGGAACGCACUACAUCA